AUGAUACUCUUCAUUCUGCUUCAAUUCGCACUCAUUGUCCACCUCGUGUUGGUAUGUGGUGGUGGAAAAAAGAAAAAGAGCAGUGGAGCUUCAAAAGAGCCAGCAAAGUCUAAAAUGAAUGCACCACAAGCCAAUUCCGUGAAAUCGGCAGUUAAGGAUACAGAACAGAAAGCAACAAAAGAACCAGCAGCACCACCUCCGAAGCCUCCAAGUCCACCGAAACCAGUUGUUGAGGACACGAGAGUGGCUGAAAUGAUGCCUGAAAGUGUGAAAGAAGACGAAAUGAAAGGAGGUAUCAAACUGCCGGCUCCACCUAAAAACUUGGUUGGUUAUGGAAAUGGGAUUUAUUCUUAA